UUUAUGUGUCAUAUGACAGUGUCAUCAGAUUCACAAUUUCUUUUACUAUUUUAAUGGAAAAUGUGUGAUUUAAACGAUAAUCCAAUUAAAUUAAGUGUUAAGUGGAAUGGCAAAGAAUAUGAAUUACCGGAAUUAUCUCCGUCUGACUCAGUGGCGAUGCUAAAAAUCGCUAUCGAAAAUGCCACUGGAGUGCGACCGGAAAGACAAAAACUCCUUAAUGUUAAGUUUCAGGGUAAAGUGGCAACAGACAAUUUUACAUUGUCUACCCUGAAUCUUAAACCAAAUCUCAAGAUCAUGAUGAUGGGUUCUUUAGAAGAAGCAAUAGAAGGUGCCAGAACAAAGCCAGAUGUUGGCGAUGAGGUGAUCAAUGACUUGGAUAUUGAGGAAGAAGAAGUGGAUAUUGAGAAUCAGGAGAUUUACUUGUCAAAGAUAAAUAAGAGGGUGCGAGACUACAAGAUCAAUGUGUUAAACGAACCUCGACCUGGCAAACGGUUACUCGUUUUAGACAUAGACUACACUCUCUUCGAUCACAGAUCUGUUGCGGAAACUGGUUACGAGUUAAUGCGUCCUUUCCUUCACGAGUUCCUCGCAUCUGCUUAUGAGGAUUAUGACAUCGUUAUAUGGUCUGCAACAGGAAUGAAAUGGAUUGAAGAGAAGAUGAAACUGCUUGGUGUAACGACGCACCCUGACUAUAAAAUUAUGUUCUAUUUGGAUUACCUGGCUAUGAUUACAGUACACACCGCCAAAUAUGGAACUAUUGAUGUAAAACCUCUAGGCGUUAUUUGGGGUAAAUAUCCACAAUACACUUCCAAAAAUACGAUAAUGUUCGACGAUAUCCGUCGUAACUUUAUCAUGAAUCCGAAGAACGGUCUUAAAAUCCGACCAUAUAGACAAGCUCAUUUGAACAGAGAAAGAGAUAGAGAACUGCUGCUUUUAUCUAAUUAUCUAAGAGAAAUUGCGCAUUAUAGCGAAGAUUUCGACAGUAUAAACCAUAAAAAAUGGGAAAAAUACAGACCGGAAAAAUACAGGACCCAAGCGGGUAAUAAGAGAAAGGCUGAGGAUAGUCCGUCCUAAACAUAGGAAUGACAAUACAAUGAAUUUUAAGCCUUUUUUGAAGGGCAAUAAAGCUUAAUUUUUUCGCUUAAAAGACUGCGGAAUUAAGACUUGUGUUUACGCAUCAUGGAAAUAGUAGAACGAUUUUGAAAAUCUGUAAAAUUGCAAGAAAAAGUUAAUAAUGGAUAUCAUUUCAAAUGCAUUGAGUUUGGAUCAUUCCAAAACGUUUUUAAUAGUAGGCCAGAGACACACAUUCGAUUUAACUAAAUACAUUGAGCCAAAAUUUUCAACACUUUACUUAAUUUCUAGUUGCAAGGCAUUUAUUGUUAGUACAGCUUAAUAUGCAUAAAGGAUUUAUGCAUAGUGAUUGUUUACUCUGUGGAUGCAUAUUAAAUAGCAUGCAAUAUUUUGUAUGUAAACACUAUUAAUAUUGCCAGGAUUUUAAAUCGAAUGUGUGCUCUUAAUCUUAAUUAUUCAUAAAAUCUUUAAGCAAUUCAUAAUAAGUGGUAUUAAAUAAAUUACAAUAUUUUAAUGUGUAAUGUCAUAACUUCAUUGGUUUUUUUUUACUAAUAAAAAAAUUCUAUCAAUCAGUAAUCCAUUUUAAAAUAAAUCAGCGUGUUAUAGUUUUCAUGUAAUAGAACAA